GUUCUCACGACUUCAAUUUCAAAAUUCUUAUUGCGCAAACGAAGUCACAUGUCACAUGGCUCACCAUCUGAUCGUUGAGUCUGGCUUCCCACUCCCGUCCUGGAUUUGCCGUUGGAUGUCUUACAAAAGCUCGGAAGACCUGUUUUCGUUGUUCCCAUAAAACCAACGAGAACACAACAAGAAAGAACCACAGCAACAACCAACCAACAACAACAGCAUGGCCUACCUCCUCAACAACAACGCCGGUGGAUCGUACCCAGGCACCAACACCUGCUCCUCUGGACAAACCCAGCAGCCGUAUGGAUACCAGCCUUCACAGACUUCACAGACAUCCUACGGCUAUCAGCCCACAACACAGGCAACACAGACAUCCUACGGGUAUCAGCCUUCGCAGCCAUCAUCCUAUGGAUAUGUUCCCCAGCAGCAACAGCAGCAACAGUCCUAUGUGCCACAUCAGCAGCAAACCCAAAGCUACACGCCGUCCGCGCCUUCGUACCAGCCUCAGUCAACCUACACUCCGUCUGCGCCACCCUCCUACUACCAGCAACCAUCCUAUCAACAACAGCAGCAGCAGCGCCCACCCGCCAUGGUAUCGAGCGUGACAUCCUCCAUGACUGCCUCGACAACGAAAAGCCCCAAUGAAAUUAGCAUUGCGGUGAUUGGCACAAGACCCAGCGGUGCCCAGACGCGAGUAAAUUUGGAAGUGGAUCCUUCCGAUACCACACUGGGAGACAUUACCGAAAUGCUUGCCGAUGAAAUUGGAAUUGCGCCACACAUGCAACUCAUCAAAUACAAGAAAAAGAACAUGGACAGUCGCACAUUGACACUGAAACAACUCAAUUUCCCCGAUCACAGUGAGUUGGCCGUGUCGCAAAAACCACCCGCGCAAGCUCGUGUCACUCCCGGUGGAAACAACAACAAUAUGAUGAUGACCACAUCACAACAACAAUCAUCGCAGCUACCACAAGGAGAAUCUUACCAGAGUUUGCGCGCCGAGUUUGACAAGAUUGAUGUGGACCGCAGUGGCACCAUUGAUGAAAAGGAACUUUCUCGUGUCUUUUUGGGAUGGGCACCCAGGUCACUGAUCCGAAAGGCCAUGGCCAUGGCCGACACGAACCGGGAUGGCAAGAUUGAUUUUGACGAGUAUUGUGCCAUUCGAAAGCAGUUGGGAGGCGUCAAGGUGCCCAAGAAGGGCGGCAAGAAAUAAAUAUAAGCGCCUCCCAAUUCAGCGGAUCGUCCAUUCAUAAUAAUACUAAUAAUACUAAAAAGAGCUUAUAAUAUACAC